AUGGGGCAAAGUCAUGGCAGAAACAUCACCGGGCCGUCACCGUUUGAUUCAUUGCCGGUGGAUUGCAUCUCAAGCAUUAUCUCCUUCACGACUCCACGAGACGCGUGCGUUGCGGCUUCUGUUUCGAAAACGUUUGAGUCGGCUGUUAAAUCCGAUAGCGUGUGGGAGAAGUUUCUUCCGCAGGAAUAUUCUAACCUGAUUCCACCGUCGCGAGUUUUCUCGUCCAAGAAGGAGCUCUAUUUCGCUCUAUGCUAUGAUCCUGUCCUCAUCGAAGAUGGCAAAAAGAGCUUCUGGUUAGAGAAAGCGAGUGGAAAAAGAUGUAUCAUGUUAUCUCCAAAGGAAGUGUCGAUUACAUGGGGAAGUAGUCCAGAAUAUUGGCAAUGGAUUACAAUUCCUGAAUCUAGGUUUGAGAAAAUAGCAGAGUUAAUAGAUGUAUGUUGGUUUGAGAUUCGUGGCGGGAUGCAUACUCGUUGCCUAUCUCCUGGAACUCGUUACUCGGUUUACAUCGUGUUCAAGACAAAGGACGGGUGUCCUGGAUUGGGAGAUUCGCCCGUAGACGUUGGAGUUGGGUUGGUUGGACAAGAAUCUUCUCAAAAGUUUAUAUACUUUGUUGGGCCUCGUGGUCGUGGUAGGAGAGAUGUAACAAGACCACAAGCGAGGGUAGAUGGGUGGAUGGAAGCUGAGCUUGGUGAGUUCUACAAUGAUUCUUGUUGUGAUGAUAUUUCGUUAAGUGUUGUUAAGACCGACACUCCUAAUUGGAAAAGUGGUUUGAUCAUUCAAGGAUUUGAAUUUCGCCCGUCGAAAGCCCGUUUCAUGUCUAAGCAAGUGAAAAGCUUUGGUCUAUUGUAA